AUGCAUGUCAGUAGCAACGUGAGCAACAGCGACGUCACUGUUUCGAAUGCCUCUGUCUCUUUCUCUGAAUCGAACACCUCGACACCAAAUGAGUACACUAGGCUCCUUCCAAAAUUAACCCCAAAGCCCAUUGAGGAUGAGUGUACCUGGGAUGAUGAGGUUGACAAGGAUGCUUCGAAGCUUCCGCGAGGCAAGCGAAUUCUGACAGAAUUCUUGGAGCUGUUCAAGGGCUCAGUCCCUGUCAUCAUGGCAUACAUGUUGCAGAUGAGUUUGCAGACUAUUCCAGUCAUCAUUGUCGGUCACUUAUCCCCAAUGUACCUCGCCGUCAGCGCUUUCUCAUUGAUGUUCGCCCUGGUCACUGGAUGGAUGAUUGCAUUGGGAGGAACUACGGCGAUGGACACAUUGGCCUCGUCGACCUUUACCGGAAUUGCUAUCACUCAACCGACAGGAAUUAUGCGAGCCGGAACGUACGUGCUGCUCAUUACUUCGCCUCUCAAUGCUGGACUGUGUUAUCUGUUUUGUUACACACUAGACAUAGGGCUACUUGGUGCUCCCUUAGCAGCCAACAUCUCAUACUGGACCUCUUUCAUCAUGUUGGUCCUAUAUGCCAAAUUCGUCGCCGGCUCCGAAUGCUGGGGUGGCUGGACUCGAGCGGCGCUCACAAAUCUAUGGACCUUCGCUCGCCUGGCAAUCCUUGGAAUCUUGCACGUCGGAACUGAAUGGUGGGCCUUCGAGAUCGUGGCUCUAGUGGCAGGUCGCCUGGGCACGACUUCCUUGGCAUCUCAGAGCGUGAUCAUGACCGCAGAUCAAAUCAUGAACACCAUCCCAUUCGGUCUAGGUGUUGCUACUUCUUCCCGCGUUGGUAACUUGCUUGGCGCACGGAAAUCCAAGGGCGCUUCACUCGCUGCUCACUCGUCUGCGAUUCUUGCCGUGGGUUUCGGUGCUGUUGUGUUGGCUAUUCUCAUAGGCACAAGAAACAAUUUCGCGAAGAUCUUCAACAAUGACCCGGAGGUUAUUGAGCUUACCGCAGAGAUUAUGCCGUUCGUUGCACUUUUUCAAAUUGCAGAUGGUAUGAAUGGUAGCUGUGGUGGAAGUCUUCGAGGGAUGGGCCGACAGCACGUAGGAGCCGCUAUCAAUUUGGUGAGCUAUUAUUGCUUUGCUCUGCCACUAGGUGUUUAUCUUGCUUUCCAUGGCUGGGGACUCAAAGGUCUCUGGGUCGGCCAAUGUGUUGCACUUUACUGUGCAGGUGUUUUGGAGUGGGUUCUCGUCGCUUGCACACGGUGGGAAACUGAAGUUCGCAAAGCGUUCAAGCGUAUGGACGGCCAUGGUACCUUGGAAUCCGGUGCUGGACCUGAGAUAGCAGGCAAUGAGUGA